AUGUGGGGUGGGCCUCCGCAGGGCUGUCUCAACAAACCACUAGGUAAGUUAGACGUGCAUUGCAAAAGGUCAGUGCUGGAGAAAUAAUGAUGAUUAUCGCCAUGGUGGUGGCGAGGCAGCAGAGAGCUGGAUGCUGACGCAGUCAGCCAUGCCAACAAAACAAUUCAGUUUACGCCAACAAAACAGUAGGUCAAGGGGUCAGUUAUGUUCCCAACAGGACUAUGCCACCAAUUCUCCAAGGAAAGUUCAGUGAACUCUGUGGCCCCAUGAAGGACUGCAAAAGUCCCUCGGUUUGGAGUACCCAGCCAAGGAAAACAAAAUCGUUCUUAGGCAUACAAAAGCGUGCGGUGGGGAGGUGAGCUGGUAGUGAUGAACGAUUUUCACACGUCCCCAACGAAGACGGGCUACUUCCCUGACCUUGCCGCCACCAAGAUAACCGCCCAAGCAGAAUGUAAAGAGACCGUGUGUUGAGUAAAUCUUGAAGAUUUGCUGGUAACUCGAUCGAAAGGGGUGUCGAACUGCCGUCGGUAUACACUGAACUCAGCGACCAUCUGGUGGUAGAAGUGCGGCUCGGCUGCAAUACCUCACAAGUGGCGCGUUUUUAAUUUGCUUCCUCCUCCCCGUCGAUUGAUUCAUACAUAGGCCUGAAAAACCCUGAACGCUUCAAAAAGGCAAUUCCCGGUCCCCGCGCUUGAUUAAUCUUCUUUUACUAAUUUUAACAUCUUUCCGACUACUACUUCCCAGUCGGAUAAUAUAUAAAGAAUAACUUCAUUGAACUCUUCAGUGCAUUUCCAAGUUGGCGAUCCAGACCUGUCUGUAUGUCACCGCAAUCUGAGCUUGACUUCACUGAACUGGGCCAGAUCGUGCCGUGGCGCGCGCAGUCAUGGUCAGUCGACCAUUACAGCCACCGCGCUCACUCCCCACUCCAGUCUGCUGACCGGCUCGGACAGCGCCUGGGUGUGGGAGUGGGAAGGGAGAGUGAGGUCGACGACUCAGCGCACUUUCCUCACUAUAAAAAAUCUGACGCGCUUGAAGCUAUCACGGUGCGCUAAAAGCCGUGGCUUGGAAGGUUGCCAACUGACGGGGUAACUUGGACCUCCUCCUUGACCGGAGGCGGUCUGAGAGUCAGGCUGCAAUGGCUCCUUUUUAAUGUGGCCUUUAUGGCACUCUCAUCACAGUGUGGGAUCCGAGCCAGGCGUUGGCGGCACGCCCAGGUGCGGCUUCGGCCGUAUCAGCCUCCAAAUCUCUCUUGUGUUGGUUGAAAUCCUGGUCAUUUGUUGUGUGGACCAGGGGGUGUGGUGGAACGCCAAGCUGAGGAUUCGUACGAGCCAUCCACCUGCGGCCUCCCUCGUCUCCGGUAUUCUUGGCUCUGUCUUGACACCGGGCUCGGACGAGGGAGGAGGAGAGAGUGUAGGUAGAUGCUACGCAAGUCUACCGGCACUAUAAAUCCCUGCGUAAGUCACCGUCCCUGCUCCCAUUGCUGCUGCAACUGUGGGGCACACGGUGGACAUCAUCGAAACCGAUGGUCGAACUGUCAUUCGAAGAAAGGUCACGAACCGCGUACCAAAAUCUUUGUAGCAGAAGAACCGCCCACACUGCAUCCACUGAGGUUAAACUACAUUAAAGAAAUUACCAAUCUUCAAAAGAAGACACAGUUUGGUUCAUACAGUAUUAUUCAAUGGUUAUGAAAUAAUUUAGUUUACUAAAAACCAUUAGACUGGAACAACGACUUGAUGACAGUUCCACUAUUCAAGACCCAAUUUAAUUGCCAACGCGGAAUGGAAAAUGUCAUACAACGACAAAAGGAUGUAAAACAACAACAGCUACAACGUAGUAGUACUUUGUUGAUUGUCCUUUGCUUUUAAAAUUUCUGUAAGACGGGAGGACAUUCAGUAGAUGUGCUAUCUCACUAAAUGUUAGUUGAAAUUCUGAGAUAUGUUUUCCAUUCGAGAAGAUUACUUAGGGGUCCUAACAGUAGUUAUCUUGCACCAUAACCACAAGGUAAUCCACUCACACCAGGAUGUCGGAUUUUGAAUGUGCUUGUUUUCAGCCGUCUGAAAAAUUGCAUUCUGCGAACAGUGACUACUUGACUAGUGUGAAAUUUUCCUGUUGAUUUUCCAUGCUUCUGUUAAUUCGAUUAUAUUUUAUAGAAAACGUGCAAAAAUGUCCUCUCUUGUACUCAUUUGGUGGCAUAUUACGUCUUCUUAAAAUUCUUCUCUUAAAGAGCGAGCAUCUUUCAGUUUUUAAAAACUUGUCCAGGUAAGGAUUGGGAGAGGGACCCCAGGCAUCUAUGAAAUGCAAAAAACCUAUUAUACUUUUUUAAAUGAGUUUUAGUUCGACACGAUUACUUCGGUUUGGCGUUUCAUUGUUCAAGGUUGGGCUGUCGGUUGCAGACGGCCUGGUGAAUUACCUACAAUGACCUCAGCCCAGAGAGUUGAGAAGCGGUCGUUGUAGACAGUCAGGUGGAUUAUCUGCAAUGACCUCAGCUCGGAGAGCUGAGAAGCGAUCGUUAUAGACACUUAAUGUGGUCAGAUGUGGUUAUGUAGUCACGCCUGAAGUUAAUAAAUCUUAGCCACCUAUAAUACGGGACCGGUGGUAAUAGGGGUUUUUACCAGUGCGCCCGAGGAACCGACAGGCGAGGAGGUCAAGUAAUUUUAUGCGAAUGAAAAGCUAUUGGGAAUGCGCGGUUGUACUUCGAUUAGCUAAGAAAUCGUUGUCCUAACCCCUAACCUCUAACCCUAGCCCUCACACCCUAACCCUAACCGCUAACCCCAACAGUAUUGUGUCCAUCAGGUGGGGCUACAUAACCACAUCUGAUCUCAAAUGUUUAUUUUUUUAAUUGUCCUGCUUAAUUGCGAUUGCCAUAUGUCAAUGCACUAAAACAUUUCCGUCCGAAAACCAAAUUUAAUAAUUAUCUUCACUUAUUCUACCAUUCCUCUAUAAAUACGUAGGCCCCGCCCGUAAAACCCCUGUUACCACCUUUCCCGUUAGACAGGCACCUUUGGCUGGUCGCGCGUGUUUGGUGUCCGUCACCCGAUCGUUGCCCCUGUCCAAUUCCCGAACAGUUUUGAACUCAACCUGCCGUUAUGCUUGCAUUCAUGGUUUUCAAAUCACAUGGUAUGAACCUUCCAUCAAAGGAAUAUCACAUACUUCUUUAUGCUGUUUGGUGGAAGUCAUAUGGCAAUAAUGAAAUCGUACAGUGGAUGUGGACCAGGUGAUACACUUUGAAAUUAGCAUUAAUAAACAUGAUGACGUGAUGCUGUAUGAAUGAACAUAGCACGGUUUCAAAAAGUCUCAUAACUAGAAACUUUCUUAAAGCUGGGAAAUGCAUUUUGUUUAAGUAUACAGUUUGAAGACGACAUAAUUUGCUACCAAAUGAGCAUAAGAGGCAACACUUUUGUGCGUGUUUUCUAUGCGAUGUGCUCGAAUUUAUAAGAGCUAUGAAAAUCAAUUGCAAAACGCAAUACUAAUUAAGUAUUUGUAGCAGGCAGGCAUCAUGACUGAUUUGGCGUCAUUGUUCAGGGCCUCGCUGUCUCAAGGUCAUUCACUCUUUUGCAGUUAGCCGUUCCAGACGCGCUGACCUGAAGUCACACGACCGACAACUCGGACAUGCCUGCGUCCACACAGCCGCAGCUGCCCAUGCGGCCACUUGAACGCACGUCCCCCCUGCAACCACAACUUAAGCCACUGGGAUACCACCCCUCGGCAAAUGCAACACACACCGACUGGAGACCACUUGCGCUUGGCCCACGAGCCUCAAAGGCGGCUGCCACCACUAUCUCAGGGACUCUCAGGCAUUGACUGGACGCAGUCAACACCAGCCCUGGCUUCGCCAGUGGCCACUGCCGCCUGAGAGGACAACUCCGGGUUCUGUGCACAAUAAACUCCUCAUUCUUGUGCCUUCUGUCUUCUCCCUCCAAUUUGAUAUUUGACUUGAUAAUUGUAGAUCACAGACUGCACAGAUUAUCCACCGCUGUGCAGCUAAAAGCUGACCGCGGUGCCCAAUUUGCAUCUAACCUCUUCCAGUCUCUUCUCUCCUUUUUUAGACCGUACUCGCAUCCGCACUACAGCCUAUCACCCGGCUGCUAACGGGAUGGUCGAGCAGUUUCACCGCCAGCCGAAGGCCUCCCUACGCGCCGCGGCCGAUCCGGAGAACUGGACGGAUCACCUUCCCCUGGUCCUCUUGGGCAUCCGCUCCGCUCUCAAGCCGGACCUUGACUGUUCCGCAGCUGAACUGGUGUUCGGCGCCACCGUCCGACUCCCGAUGAGAUGA